GGGUAUUCUUGUCAGGUUGGGAAUUUAUAUCGUUUUAGUAGACUUAGUAAAGUGAAAUUACUUUAAAACACAGAUUACAUUCUUUUCUCAAACGCGAUUUCCAUUUAUUCGUCACAUUUUUGCGCAAAUGGAUGACAGUUACAACUGUCUUAAAGACAAGUUGAAACUUGUUGAUCAGUGGUCUGCUCUAGUAACUUCAAUACCAAAGAAAGUAUGCCUAUUUGUUUGAUGUUCAUGUUUGUCCUUUUACAGUUCUGUCUUUCAGCAAAUGAGACAAAAAUUUUCAUAGAAUUAGAAAAUGACCAUGAUCGAUCAGCAUUUUUAAGUAAUUUAGUUGACAAAAAGCAACUGUCUAUACUUACUAUUGGAAAGACAAUCAAUCCACCGUUCUGUGACAUAUGCUUCCUUUUGAAACCAGAUCGUACACAUCAUUGUUCAAGUUGUAUGAGAUGUGUUCCGAAAAUGGAUCAUCAUUGUCCUUGGAUAAAUAACUGUGUUGGUUAUCACAACUACAAAUAUUUCAUUCUCUUCAUCUUCUACGGCUUUAUAUACUGUCUAAUAUGUUUCUCCUUUGCUUCGCCUUAUUUUCUCGGCUAUGUAAAGGCUAAUCGUGACAGCAGUAAUCACACAUGGAGUCUAUUCCAAGCAUUUAUGCUGGCACUUUUAUCGGCUGUGUUCGCGUUCGCAUUGUCAAUCCUUCUACUUUUUCACGUUUACCUAAUUAUCAGAAAUAGGUCUACUCUAGAAUACUUUAGACGACCGAAUUUCCGUGAUAAAAACAAUUGUGUGUACGGUUUUGAUCUUGGUUGGAAGGAGAACUUUCUUCAGGUAUUUGGCGAUAAAAUUACCUAUUGGCUAUUUCCUGUAUUCUCUAGCAAAGGAGAUGGAAUCUCUUUCAAAAUUCGUCAAAAUGAAGCUCACGAAGACUACUCAUUGUUACUUUCAGAAGUUUAG